UAGCGGCGAUGGUCUUGGGGGCGGCCGGAAAGCUACUGUGCAGUUUGAUGGACUUUCACUGCCUUCGUCUUUCGGUUUCAGCCUAGCGCUCUGAGCUGAAGAAUUUUUCACAUUUUACUUUGCUCCACUCUCGGGGCGUCACACCAAAUUGGCUCGUUGCUGCAGCCGGAGCCGUGAAGAGCACGGCUAGGAUGGAGAGUCCGAGCCUGGGAGACUGCGGAGACGCCCUCGCGGUCACCCCCAGUGAGCGCCUAGUCCCAGACCGGCCUUGUCACCUCCGGCAAGAAGAUGUUGCUCUGGGAUUGGAAAGAUUGGGAGACUAUGAUAAACAAGCGGUGAUAAAAAGCAAUGAGUGUAAUCCCCUGCCACAAGAAUCCAUCGAUUCUGCUCAAUGUGAUGAUCCUGCAGUGACAGUAUGCCAUAAGUCUGUCCCAUGUGGAUGGGAAAGAGUUGUGAAGCAAAGGUUAUCUGGGAAAACAGCAGGAAGAUAUGAUGUAUAUUUUAUCAGCCCACAAGGACUGAAGUUCAGAUCCAAAAGUUCACUUGCUAAAUAUCUUCACAAAAAUGGAGAGGCUUCACUUAAGCCAGAAGAUUUUGAUUUUACUGUACUUUCUAAAAGGGGCAUCAAGUCAAGAGAUAAAGACGGCAGCAUGGCAGCUUUGACUCAGUCCCAACUGCAAAGCAAAAGUAACAAUUCAAACCGGAACCUCAGGACACGAAGCAGUUGGAAAAAAAAUGUGUUUCCUCUGCCAGGUGGUGGUUUGGAAUUGCAAGAUAGCAGAGGACUAUCCAACUUUACUUCCAUUCCUUCUUCCAUGCUUUUGAAAGGAGAUGAGGGUGUUCAUGCUGUUGAACCCGGAAAGCUGAGAAGGUCCAAAGGAAAGGUGACUACUUUGAACAAAAUUCAAAUUAAGAAAACUAAAACAGGGCACCAGAAGAGACUUCCAGAGUCUGUUCAAAGUAAUAGAAAAAGAGAAUCUGUGCAUACUAAGGAAGAUGCUGAAAGUGAACCUGUCACACAAGAAAGUCACCUUGAUGGAGCUCUCUGCAUUUCUGAUGCCAGAGCAAGCAGCAACCUCAGUGUGACCAAUGAAGCAAAGAGACUUGUAGAAGAAAAAUCAUUGAGUUCAGAAUCAAAUUUUCAUUGUGAACAAAUAACUUCCGGCAUCAUCAACAAAUCACGUUCAACCAAAGAAGCAGAACACAACCAGAAGUGUGAGGGUACCUUUUUAGAAUCUGAAGAAAUAAGAACAGAAGUAGAAGUUGGCAAAAGGAAGGAACAUUUGCAUAUUGACACUUUAAAGUGUGGCUCUGAAAUGGACAAGAACUGCUCACAAACCGAAAAAGACUGUCUUUCUGUGAAAACAUGUCAAGAAGAUACCAUCCCACAGACCCAAAUAGAGAAAAGGAAAACAAGCCUGUAUUUCUCCAGCAAAUACAACAAAGAAGCUCUUAGCCCCCCACGACGCAAAGCCUUUAAGAAGUGGACCCCUCCUCGGUCACCUUUUAAUCUUGUCCAAGAAACACUUUUCCACGACCCAUGGAAGCUCCUCAUUGCCACUAUAUUUCUCAAUCGGACCUCAGGCAAAAUGGCAAUCCCUGUGCUUUGGGAGUUUCUGGAGAAGUAUCCUUCAGCUGAGGUAGCAAGAGCUGCAGAUUGGAGAGAUGUGUCAGAACUUCUUAAACCUCUUGGUCUGUAUGAUCUUCGAGCAAAAACCAUUAUCAAAUUCUCAGCCCCCCAUCACCCCACACUUAGGGGAAGUAUCUAUCUGGAAGCUGGCCUGAUACAUGGGGUGUUGCAUUCUCAGAUGAGUAUCUAACAAAGCAGUGGCGCUAUCCAAUUGAGCUUCACGGGAUUGGCAAAUAUGGCAACGACUCUUACCGAAUUUUUUGUAUCAAUGAGUGGAAGCAGGUGAGUCCCAGCCAUAAUAUCUCCAGCAAAUUUUGUCUCUGAGGCAAAAGUCCACCAUUAUUGAAAAUUACUUCUUGGACACAUGUGUUACCACAUCAGAACCAGUUUUAUUCCAAGUUCGAGGGGCAGCAGGAGGAUGGGAUUACUGUCAGGAGGAAAGGAUCCUUGGCACUCCCAAGUCCGUAAAGUCUUGUUUCACGUGACCUCUGACUGACCUCCAGCAAUUUGUCACUUCUGACCCUGUUCUGUCAUUCCCAUUCAUGUAUGGUCUCUAAGCCUCAUGUGGUUUUCCUCCUGUCACAGUCACUGGCCUUCAAAAGUACACCACUGAAGGCAAGCAGGCAGGUUUGGGCUUGGAAUGCAUGCUUGUUGGGUUCUCCUAGUUGUCUCAGACUGUUUUUGUGAUAACUGGGUCCUACUCAGCUACCCAUUCUAUUGAGUAUGCCCAGUUCACAGACAUCCAGGAGGUGUCCCGGCAGCUGGUGGCCACGGCUAGGUGGCCAAGUACACUGCCCUCUUCAUCUGUGACUUGCUCUAAAACACUCAGCCAGUAGGUCUGGCCAAGCCCAUCCCUGCUUUGCCAUUUUAUUGUGACCCGAGCAAUCCAUUUAACUCUGGAAAAUAGCAUAUUAAUACUUAUGUGAUCACCACCCCACACCCUGUGUCAUGGUGAAGAUCAGCACUAAAUUGGAAAGGAUUAUCUUAAUGUAAGGGACAAUUUUAAACAUUCUGAAUCCCAUUAGGGUAAAGGUUACAAUUUUUAGGCAUGUCAUCAUAAGGUGCUAUUCCCCCACCAAACCUUUAAAAACCCAGUUUAAACAUGUAUUUCUGGCUAACUGACAUAAGGCCUCUGUGUCCUAAUAUGUCAUGUUUCUUCCAGGUGCGCCCUGAAGACCAUAAGUUAAAUAAAUAUCACGACUGGCUUUGGGAAAAUCAUAAAAAAUUAAGUCUGUCUUAAAACUCUUGGAAGUCUUCAAACUUGUAUUUCACAAGAUACUUUGCAUUUGAUUCUUAAGAGCUCCGUUUUGACCAGCUAACUUACAGGCAUGUAGGCUUUACUCAGCCCAACUAGAAACCUCACGUAUGUUUUCUUAAUGUGUGUGCCACUGGUAGUGUUGCUAAAUGAAUGUACUAGAACAUGUUUUGAACAGUUUUUGUUUUUAAUAAAUCGUUAUUUGACCACAGUCCUAAAAAUGUAUAUGACUUCUCCAAUGAUGAAAUGCAAUUUGUAAGUGAGAAAAGCCUUUCUAAACUACCAGUAAUGCAAAAUAAAUUGCUAUCAUCCUUCUUGAGGAAAGAUUAGGUUUUCUGUUCUCUUUGUGUAAAAGUGUUACACAGUUAUAUGAAGAAGCAGUCAAAGAGUUACUACCAAAAAUGUAAGAAAAAAUAUUACAAAGUCUAUCAGGCAGUUAAUUAAUAAAAAUGUUUUUACUGAAAAAAAACAACUAACCCCCAAGGAAAAAUAAGAUUAUUUUGUCAUCAUUUGUUAUUGAUGACUCUGUGCUGGCUCUUAGGAAUUGGGAAUUUGAUCCUAGCAUCCAUCUGAUAACCUAGUGUGGAUAUCUGCCUGUAGCUCUGUUUCAGGGUGUUGGCUUCUGGCUCAUGCAUUUUGCUUUGAUCCCUUUGUGAGAACUCGAGCAUUUACCCAUCUCUUCCCUUCCAGAUGGAGGAUAGGGCUUAAGUUUUAUCCCAUUUUUAAUAUGGGUAUUAGAAUGUUGUAGCUUAAAUAUUGAAACACUUACAUUAGAAAGAGCUUACCAAAUAAACCAACAAAAAAUUCCAAAUUAUGAAGUCUCAAUUA